AUGCGACUUUUACACAGCAGCAACUUGACCUUUCAUGAAAUCUUUGAUGAGGAUAUUCCGAACUAUCCCUACGCCAUCCUAUCGCAUCGGUGGGGCUCUUUAGCCGAUGAAGUAUCCUACGAAGAUUUUAUCACUGGAAAAAAAGGCGACAGCUAUGGCUAUCAAAAGAUAUUUGCAUUCUGCGAAUGGGCCUCCGCGAACAACUACGAUUGGGUCUGGGUUGACACCUGCUGCAUCGACAAAAGAAGUAGCGCUGAGCUCUCGGAAGCUAUCAACUCCAUGUUCUCCUGGUAUCGACGGUCUGGUGUUUGUGUAGUCUAUCUGCGGGACACGACGUCAGCCACUCAAGACUUUACUCAAGAUGAAUGGUUCUCUCGAGGAUGGACGCUUCAGGAGCUGAUUGCUCCACACGAUGUGCAGUUCAUGAAUGGCAACUGGGAGACCAUUGGCUGGAAGAACGAAACCCAUAUCGCACGAGCGGUGAACAUCCGCACCGGCAUCCCUCAAAGGGUGUUGUUGGAUCAGAUCGAUGUGAAGAAUAUCUCCGUGGCACGAAGAAUGAGCUGGAUGGCGAACCGUCGAACGACCAAAGUCGAGGACAUGGCGUAUUGCUUGCUGGGCAUAUUCGACGUCAACAUGCCGCUGUUAUACGGAGAGGGUUGGAAAGCUUUUCAGCGACUUCAGCUGCUAAUCAUGGAGCAAUACGAAGAUGAGUCAAUCUUCGCUUGGAGCGAGCAGUCAAUCACUGCUGCCGACUCGGCGGUUCAUGGUCUCCUUGCCAAGCAACCAUCACAGUUCGCUCACUGUGGCAAUGUGGUUGCGAUGCGGACCGAGCACGAUGCAAACGCACACUCGUUGAGAGCCAAUGCACGUAACGUGGAGCUGUGCGCUGGACUUUUGCAAGCAGAAAGCGUAGUCGGAGACAGCAAUGAAGUCUUUCUCCAUCGACUACGCUGUGCAUAUACGAACAACCCUGCUUCGUAUCUGGAUGUCUACGUCUCCGAUAGUGUCAUGGGAGACGACGCCAUCCGACCUUGCUUCAUAGCCCUCAGUCGCAAGUCUAAGGGAGAUUCGUUCAGCAGAGUUCGAGCGCGACAGCUACCUUGGACUCUCGCAGCUUAUCAGGAAUGCACGCUCUUGGCCCGUCAACCGCGACAAUCGUUCCGAGCGAGAACUUCCUUCUCUGUUGAGGCCAUCAUUGACCGCGUAUUCGGUGGCGGGAAACACGAAACCGGACGGCGUCGUGAUCAAGAUCCUAAUAACGUCUCAGCUCCUGCGAGACCUUUUAUAGAUCGUUCAGCUCCGGCGCCACAGACUUCUGCACCGGCAAGAGCUGCAUAUCACGGACAGGCUGUUGAUAGUAACCCUUCUGCCAAUGCUGAUCCAUCUCGCGAGAGUGACGACACCUGGUGGGCUCGGUACAACAGCCAGCACUACCCUCCACCAGCUUACGCCCCAUCACCAGAAUGGGUUGGAUCGCCUCCUCCGCCUCCUCUACCCCCAAGACCGAACGCACAAUCUGCCCAAAACCCACCUCGGAACGCUGUCAGCCACAACACCCUAUCACACGGUGGACAAGUGCGCUCGGCCGAGCCCCCACGACCUCACCCCGCAAGCUCCAACCUCCCUCCUCCCGCAACGCACCCUCAUUCUGCUAUGAGACCGUCCGAUCAACCAUCGACAGAGCCCAAGGAAAUCCGCUGGAUAGAGAUAAGGCCGAGUCAUGCACCGCACGCAGCGUACGGCCACGGAACGUACAAUAAUCCAUCGACGAAUGGUAGUUACCAUGUCCCGGUGUACGGUUCUUGGGGAGAGGACGAGAAUCCAUUCGGUACGGCUUGCAAGACUCAAUGCGAUAGGCGCGGAUGUCUCUCGUGGAAAGCUAACGGUAUGGCGGAGAAGUUGAAACUUUCUGCCGAUGAGUGGCAUCUGUAUGCCGCGAGGAUGUUGCAGGCUGGGGUUGAUAUCUAG